AUGCCUCCAACAGCUACGAGCGCGCUUGCACCUCCCUCCGAUGCCACGAGACGUACCUCGAAGCCAGACAAGCCGUUCGAUGACCGCCGCGUCGUUGGUCCAUCGGCGAAGCUCGCUCCUCUCUCCGACCACCUCCUCCCGCUCAAGCGUACUAUCCUUGCUGAGCUCGGCACGUCACCUGAGCAGCUCGAGCAAUCUUGGCGCGGCGUUCUUGCUGCUCUUGAGGUGCACACCGCCAAGAUAGCACAGCAAGGCGGGGAUGCUAUUCCCCAUGUCCAUUACAAGGACAUCGAGAAGGGCAUAUCGGAGGAGCAAAAAGUGAUCAUACGGGACGCGGGCUGUGUGGUUGUGCAAGGUGCUGUGUCCGAGGAGGAAGCCGUUGGAUGGGAGACGUCUCUCAAGGAUCUUGUCAAAGCGCACCCUGGGAUACAAGGGUAUCCUAGCCACGACCCGCAAGCCUACGAGCUAUACAACACGCAAGCGCAGACCCGUGCACGCACGCACCCCGCCGUACUCAACACGCAGAAGGCCCUCCUCAAAUUCUGGGGCUCCUCGCUCCCUCGUGCCUCAGCAGAUGGGGAAGACCUCGUGGAUUAUGACACCCCGGUUUCAUACUAUGAUCGUCUGCGUCUCCGCAAGCCAGGCGACCGUUCGUUUGUGCUCGGCCCGCACAUCGACGGCGGCUGUGUCGAGCGGUGGGAGGACCCUGUGUAUCGUAAAGUAUGGGGCAAGAUCCUCAGCGGAGGAGAUAGCUGGAAGGAAUAUGAUCCGUACGAUGCCAGGUGGAGACUGGGAGCGAAGCAGGAUCUGUACGGUGUCCCAAACCAGUGCACCGCCCACCGCUCCUGGCAAGGCUGGACCUCCAUCUCGCACAACGCCGCGGGUGAGGGCACCCUGCAGCUGCUGCCCAUGCUCCGCCUCGCAACGGCGUACGUCAUCCUCCGCCCCUUCUUCCGCCCGCGCGACCCGUCCUCGGGGUCUUUGCAUCCCGACGACUGGGAACUGGACCUGGACAGCGCGAUGUUCCCCGGGAGCCGGAUUGGCGCUUCCGGGCAGGAGCUGAGCGUGGAGAGCCAUCCGCAUCUGAGGCUCGAGAAGACAAUGGUGUCGAUCCCGAGGACUCGUCCUGGGGAUCAGGUAUACUGGCACUGUGACGGAGUGCAUGCCGUGGAAGGGUACCACGGCGGGAAGAACCUCUCGUCGGUGAUGUACAUACCGGCUGCACCUCUGUGCAUGAAGAACGCACGGUACCUCCGCGACCAACGCGUGAACUUCGUUCAUGGGCACGUUGCACCAGAUUUCCCUGCGUCGGCGGGCGAGUCGACAUUCCCCGAGCGCGGUACAACGCGCGACAUCAAGACCGACGAAGGCCACCGCGCGCUUGGUUUUAUGCCAUUCGAGGUGCACGCGCCCGAGCUGGUUCCACUCGUGGACGCCGCGAACGCGGCUCUAUUCGGACAGUAAGGGAACAGCAACGCCUUUGAUGUUUCACAUUCUGCAUCGCGCGAAGGACGAUAUCCAUCUUCGUUGGUAUGAUGAAGCGGUCAUUGAUAGUGAACUCAACAACGGCUGUGGUGUAGUAUAAUCCAAAGAUGAAACCCUGACUCAUAAUGAU